CAGAACAUGAACCAACAAGAGCCCUUUCACCUCUGCCACUCAUUUCCUAGGUCUUUCGUACUACAAUUCUGGUUCUCUCGAGUCUCAAAAUGUCGCAAACUUUGAGCCCCUAACACUGCAGAACCAUGGCAAUAGCCACUUGUUCUCCUUUGCGCCUCAACUCUCCUAUGCCACGGCCUUCUUUGUAUAAUUCUCAAGGGGGGGUGUUUUUCCAGAGCCAUGCUUGGUUUCGAGCUCAACCCAGAACCAAACCCGUCUGCGCAUCAGCUAUAAAAGCUGAAGCUGGUGCUCAGAAGGAGGAUAUUGUCAUCGUAGGAGCUGGGAUUGCUGGUCUAGCCACCGCAGUGUCCCUUCGCAGGCUAGGAAUUGGAUCACUAGUGCUUGAGCAAGCAGAGUCACUUAGAACUGGUGGAACCUCACUCACCCUUUUCAAGAAUGGGUGGCGGGUAUUGGAUGCAAUCGGUGUUGCCGAUAGUCUCAGGAGCCAAUUUCUUGAAAUCCAAGGGAUGCUGGUGAAGUCAGAAGAUGGCAGGGAGUUACGCUCCUUCAAAUUCAAAGAUGAAGAUCAAACCCAAGAAGUUCGAGCGGUGGAGAGGAGAAUACUUCUGGAGACGCUUGCCAAUCAGCUGCCACCUGAGGCAGUCCAAUUUUCUUCCAAGUUGGCAAAGAUUGAAACAAGUGAAAAUGGUGAAACUCUUUUGGAACUUGCGAAUGGGACUAGAUUACUUGCCAAGAUUGUUGUUGGCUGUGAUGGAAUUCGGUCUCCAAUAGCCAAAUGGAUGGGUUUCUCUGAGCCGAAGUAUGCAGGGCAUUGUGCUCUCCGUGGACUUGGGUAUUAUCCCAACGGGCAGCCAUUUGCACCAAGAGUUAGUUACAUAUACGGAAGAGGGUUGCGUGCUGGAUAUGUUCCUGUAUCUCCUACAAAAGUUUACUGGUUUAUCUGCUAUAACAGCCCCUCAGCAGCAGGUCCGAAGAUCACUGAUCCAAUUUUGCUGAAGAAGCUAGCAAAAGAACUAAUAAAGAACUGGCCUGCGGAGCUACUUAAAUUGAUUGAUCUCACCCCAGAUGAGACGAUAAGUAAAACGCCCCUUGUUGACCGUUGGCUAUGGCCACAUAUAAGCCCCCCUGCAUCAGCCGGUAAAGUUGUGCUGGUCGGGGAUGCCUGGCACCCGAUGACUCCCAAUCUUGGACAAGGUGCUUGUUGUGCUUUAGAGGAUGCAGUGAUCCUGACAAGAAAGCUAGCAGAUGGAAUUAAAUCUGGUCCCGCAUCUGUUGAAGGUGCUCUCAGGGCAUACGGAGAGGAAAGAUGGCCCCGUGUCUUUCCAUUAACCAUACGGGCAAAUCUUGUGGGAUCACUUUUGCAGUGGGAUAAUCCACUUGUCUGUUCUGUUCGUAACAAUGUUGUCAUACCUAAAUUAGUUAGACUCGGGUCGAUGCUUGAACACACAAAUUUUGAGUGUGAGCCUCUCAAAACAUAAAAUGUUGGAUUUCAACCCGACCCUACAAGAAGCAAGAGAAUUUAUGGCUAUACUUCAUUGUCCUUUAAA